GGAGGCAAGGCCGUUUCCCGCUCCAAGAAGGCAGGACUUCAGUUCCCUGUCGGACGUGUCCACCGCUACCUUAAGUCGGGCAAGUAUGCUGAGAGGAUCGGAGCUGGUGCACCCGUCUAUCUCGCUGCCGUUCUUGAGUACCUUUCUGCUGAGGUUCUCGAGUUGGCUGGCAACGCUGCUCGUGACAACAAGAAGUCUCGCAUCAUUCCUCGUCACAUCCAGUUGGCCGUUCGCAAUGACGAGGAGUUGAACAAGCUU